AUGGAGAAACCUCGCCUUGUAAUUGGUCAUAAUGUUGGCUAUGAUCGAGCCCGAGCCAGAGAAUCGUACGAGAGAAGGAAAUCGGCUAUUCGAUUCAUGGACACUAUGUCCAUGGCAAUUCCGAUGUUCGGCAUGGCGGAUCAUCAAGUAGUUACAUAUGAAUCUGAUGAUUCGGAUUUCACGUUGAGGGUAUGUCUAUUUUCGGUUUUUCCCAUUUCACAGAUUGUCUUUAACAAGCUUUUACUCUAA